ACACAUUUCAUUCUUGCCCACUCUUUCUCGUUCAGUUUCGACUUCUAAAAAUUCUGAGAAUGGCAGCCAAUGCAUUCAUGAGCUGCGGCGUCGCAGCCGUCGUUUGCCCCUCGGUCCUCUCGUCUUCCAAGUCGAAAUUUGCAGCCUCUGUGCCCGUGGCUGGCGGAGCCACCAAUACUACCGCACGGUUCACCAUGACGGCCGACUGGAUGCCCGGUGAACCGCGACCACCCUACCUUGAUGGCUCAGCACCUGGGGACUUCGGAUUCGACCCACUUCGUCUAGGUGAAGUCCCAGAAAACCUAGAGAGAUACAAGGAGUCUGAACUCAUUCACUGCAGAUGGGCCAUGCUUGCUGUGCCCGGAAUCCUGAUUCCGGAGGCCUUGGGAUUGGGCAACUGGGUUAAGGCACAAGAGUGGGCAGCAAUUCCGGGCGGGCAAGCUACUUAUUUGGGUAACCCGGUUCCAUGGGGCACUCUCCCAACAAUUUUGGUCAUCGAAUUCUUGGCUAUUGCAUUUGUAGAACACCAAAGGAGUAUGGAAAAGGACCCGGAAAAGAAGAAGUACCCGGGUGGAGCUUUUGACCCAUUGGGCUACUCCAAGGACCCAGAAAAAUUGCAUGAGCUCAAAGUCAAGGAAAUCAAAAAUGGUCGUCUUGCCUUGUUGGCAUUUGUGGGAUUCUGCGUUCAACAAUCUGCAUACCCUGGUACAGGGCCAUUGGAAAAUUUGGCAACACACUUGGCUGAUCCGUGGCACAACAACAUUGGAGAUGUCAUUAUUCCUAAAGGCAUUUUCCCUAAUUAGUGAUACAUAUUGUACAAUUAAUAUGUAAUGCUAAUACUUAAUGAAUUGGACAUGGGCCUUUUUGGCAUAUAAUCUUCUUCUUCGUAUUGUUUAAUAUUACAUAUUAUGUCUAUGAUACAUAUUGAAGAGACUA